AAAGGACACGAAAUCGCUACAAACCAAGAAGGCUAGCUCCCUCCAUUCUCUCUCAUUACAAGCCAAAGAUGUCGACAAGAAACUAUACCCCCCCUCAUAAUUUAAAACUUUGUAAAACCUUUUUUUCUCAUGCUUUCAUUGAUUUCUUCAUCUUGCCUCAUCCUCCCCCUCGACCUCAAGGAAACCCAACCCUCUACCCUUUUCCUUCCGUCAAAAGUUUCUUCUACUCUCUUCUUCUUGCCAACCCACCCCCUUGAUCUUAUAUAUAAGUCAUCAUAAUACAGUGACAGAUAUCACUCUCAAACCAUUCAAACAUCCUAGUUCAGUGACAUGGGUCUCUUAAGAGCUAGAGGAAAGGUGUAUAAACCCGUUAAGGAUGUCGAUAUCGGGAAGAAUAGCAGUGAACCUUAUACUCCUGCCGAUGUCAAAGCUCCUCGGGUAGCGGGUAUUCUCGUGAAGAUAUUUGUUUGGAUUUUGGAGUCAUGGAUUCUAGGGCCGAUUGCGGUGCAUAUUUUGAAGAGGGAUAAUCGCAUACACAAGUUUGUAUCAAAUGCUGAAAUCCCAGAGCCACCCUUGUUCACUCCAAUUCAUGCUUCAAAAGAUCAUACAGAGCAAGAAAUUAGCCCCAUAAAUCUUGAUUCAUCUCCUAUUGAGAGAGUUCAGGAGGCUAUAAAUUGUCUAUCUACAGAUACAGAAUCUGGUUUAUGUCAACAAACUUCAACUUUUAGGCGUUGGACAAUAAGAGACUACUCCAGAGCUUACAACUCCAAAGAAACAACUCCUCUUGAGGUAGCAAAGAGAUUCUUAGCUGCAGUGAAGAAUUCUUCAGGUCCUAAUCUCAAAAUGGCAUUUUUCAUUAACUAUAAUGAAGAGGAUAUCAUAAGACAGGCUAAAGAGUCAACGGUUCGAUAUGAAAAAGGCAUCCCCAUUUCAGUUCUUGAUGGCAUACUAGUUGCAGUUAAAGAUGAGAUGGAUUGCAUGCCUUACCCUACUACAGGAGGAACUAAGUGGUUACACAAAGUGAGGCAGUGUACAGAUGAUGCAAUCUGUGUCAAACAAUUGAGGUCAUGUGGAGCUAUUCUUGUAGGCAAGACUAAUAUGCAUGAGCUUGGUGCUGGUACAAGUGGGAUAAACCCUCAUUAUGGAGCUUGUCGAAAUCCUUAUAACAUAAACAAGGUUUCUGGAGGUUCAUCAAGUGGAUCUGCUGCUGUAGUUUGUGCUGGAUUAUGUCCGGUUGCACUGGGAGUUGAUGGAGGAGGGUCUGUUCGCAUGCCUGCUGCUCUUUGUGGUGUGGUUGGUUUCAAGCCUACAGCCGGUCGCAUAUCUAAUUCUGGUGUUCUACCGCUAAAUUGGACGGUUGGAAUGCCAGGAAUUCUAGCAGCAACAGUAGAAGAUGCACUGAUAACUUUUGCAGCUGUGUGUAAUCCCUUUCCAUUGAAUCAACCAAAAUUUACACAGCCUGAUCUGAGUUUUCCUUUGCUAACAUCUUCACAAUCACUCGCCAACAUAAAAUUUGCUAAAUAUGAAGAGUGGUUCAAUGAUUCAACAGAAGAUAUCAGAAACUGUUGCGAUCACACCCUUAAGAUGCUAUGUAGGAAUUAUGGAUGGAAGACUGUGGAGGUGACAGUACCUGAGAUAGAAGAGAUGCGUCUGGCUCACUAUGUAACAAUUGCUUCAGAAUGCACAACUUCAUUAGGCCCUCAUCUUGAAAAACUGAAAUCAGCUCAGAUAGGGUGGGAUGCAAGAAUUGGGCUUCGUGUCUAUAGCUCGUUUGACAGCAAAGAGUACCUUAAUGCUCAAAGAAUUAGGAACCGUCAAAUGCAGCUCCAUCAGGAGAUUUUUAAGGCGGCAGAUGUCAUUGUCACACCUACAACAGGUGUUACUGCAUACUCAUUACAAGAUGAUGCUUUAGACACCGGUGAACUUGACUACAUAAAUGGAGCUGCACUUGUAAGGUACUCCAUAUCAGGAAAUUUUCUGGGUUUGCCAGCAGUGACAAUCAUGAUUGGAUGUGACAAAGGUGGCAUGCCAAUUGGGCUUCAGUUUAUUGGGAAACCAUGGUCUGAAGCAACAUUGCUUCAUUUAGCCAAUGCAUUGCAGGAACUAUGCAUCGGAAGCUAUCCAAAGCCAAAGGUGUUCUUCAAUCUCCUGAAGAAGGAAUAGAGACGGAGUAGGAUGAAGAUGUACACUGUAAUUGGUGCAUGAUAAAACAUAUGUCCGUACCAAAUUUGUGAAGUCCAUCAUAGCUGAUAAAUACUCAAUAUUUGCAAUGCCUUGUUCUGACGUACCAAAUUUUGAUCUUUCUUUGCCAUUUUGUGGCUACGGCCAGUGUUGCAUAUUGUCAAAUUCCAUGAUCUCCUACUGCUUUAUUUGGA